AUGCCGCCUAAAUUCGACCCAAGCGAAAUUAAAAUUGUUUAUCUGCGUUGUGUUGGCGGUGAAGUUGGUGCUACAUCUGCUUUGGCACCGAAAGUUGGACCACUUGGCUUGUCACCGAAAAAAAUUGGUGAUGACAUUGCGAAAGCAACACAAGAUUGGAAAGGUCUAAAGGUAACAUGCAAGUUGACGAUCCAGAAUCGUGUAGCAAAAAUAGAUGUAGUACCGAGCGCAGCAUCAUUACUCAUCAAAGAGUUGAAAGAACCUGCACGGGAUCGGAAAAAGGUUAAAAACGUCAAACAUAAUGGUGACCUCACCGUGGAACAAGUUAUCAACAUUGCACGGCAAAUGCGACCGCGUUCAAUGGCGAAGAAGUUAGAAGGCACUGUAAAGGAAAUACUGGGUACAGCCCAAUCAGUUGGUUGCACAGUGAACGGGCAGCAUCCGCAUGAUAUAGUUGAUGCCAUACGUAGUGGCGAUAUCGUCAUUCCAGAGGAUUAA